AUGAGUGCCGACACCUCUACCACCAACACUGGCUUUGACGUGAGCAGGAGCACCCACCGAGAGCUAGAAGCAGCGAGCGGGAGGGGCAUGGCAGCAAUGGGAAAGCGUGCGCGCGAGGAGGCGUGCGCAGCGGGCGAGGCAGCGAUGAGGGCGCUGCAGGAAGUGAGGAGCGAGGUGGCCGCGCUGCAGCGGGAGGUGGCAGCCGUGCGGGAGGAGGCGGCAGAGCAGAGGAGGGACGUGCAGCGGGUGAGGGGCGAGGUGGAGGAGAUGAAGAGGGAGCUGGCGGCGGUGAAGGGGUUGAUUGCCAGCGACCAGGACGAGAGCCGCGAAAUGUGGCACAAGAUCCUGGCAGCAUCGCAGGAGGCGGAGCUAGAGCUGUGUGGGGAGGCAUCGCUGACAGACGCAGUGCUGGCACACGUGGCCGGCAUGACCCGCCUCUCCACCCUCGACCUCUCCAACUCCUCCGGCUUCACCACACACGGCCUGCAGCACCUCUACGCUAUGCCCAGCCUCACCAGCCUCAUUCUCUACGGCACACCAGUGGGCGGUGGGGGCGACGAGGCAGUAUCUCUGGAGGGCAUCGGUGCAGCGAGCAGUCUCGACUCGCUCGUGUUGGACAACACGAGUGUGCGCGACGGCGAUUUGGAGCCGCUCACUGCGCUCACCUCACUCUCAGACCUCUCCCUGGAUUGCUGUUACAACCUCACCCCGGCUCUCAUGCUGCACGUGGCCCGGUUGACAGGGCUGGAAGAGCUAUCCCUGGGCGGAUGUGACAUGGGAGAUGAAGUGCUGCCGCUGCUGACCUGCCUGCGCCACCUCUGCUCGUUCACCACGCCGUGUGGAGUCACCGAUGCCGGCCUGCAGCACUUGCUCGCGCUGCCGUCCCUGCAGAGGCUUUCUCUGUGCGGCUGCCUUGGCGUCACCUCUGCUGGCAUGUGGGGCGCCUCACUAGCUUGCGAGGCCUCUCUCUCCCCGACACCCGCGUGA